GCGGGAUUUCCGGAAGUAGCCGUCAUCUCUAUUGGCUGUCUUGGGAAACAAGGCCCGUCCCUUUAGCUUUGGGAUUGGCUGAGGUGAGGCCUUCCGGUGAUCCACUUCCGUUCCUUGCUGCCUUGGACUGAGGGCCUCCGGAGUCGGUGAAGGAUCUGAAGAUGGCUGGGCGGAAACUUGCUCUAAAAGCCAUUGACUGGGUAGCCUUUGGGGAGAUCAUACCCCGAAACCAGAAGGCCAUUGCUAACUCCCUGAAAUCCUGGAAUGAGACCCUCUCCACCAGGUUGGCUGCUCUACCUGAGAAGCCACCUGCUAUUGACUGGGCUUACUACAAGGCCACCGUGGCAAAGGCUGGCUUGGUAGAUGACUUUGAGAAGAAGUUUAAUGCCCUGAAGGUCCCUGUGCCAGAGGAUAAAUACACUGCUCUGGUGGAUGCUGAAGAGCAAGAAGAUAAUGUCUCUCCUCUCUUAAAGGUGAAAAGAUGUGCUGAGUUUUUGUCUCUCUCAAAGGCCAGGAUUGAGGCAUAUGAGAAAGAGCUGGAGAAGAUGAAGAACAUAAUUCCAUUUGAUCAGAUGACAAUCGAGGACUUGAAUGAAGUCUUCCCAGAAACCAAACUAGACAAGAAGAAGUAUCCCUACUGGCCUCACAGGCCAAUUGAGAGUUUAUAAACUUGCAUCUUGGAGAAAGCUCUGGCCCUCGAAUUACAAACUCCGGACAUUAAAAAUAAUUACAUAGU